AUGCCCACGUCUACCCAUGCCGAGUGUCCUAUGCGCCCAAAACGCCAAGGAGAUACCGUCACUCGCCCAACCCCUCAACAACGGAAGAAGAUUCGCCACGAAGGCGGCAUUCUUUUCACUAUGAAAUAUGACCGCGCCGCUCCCUCCGACAGCCAGGAAAAUACCACUACGUCUUCCGACGAGCUGCCCAGCCAUAGCUCCGCCCCCUCCGGCCCCGAGAACGACAGCUCUGACCAGAGCCAGUCCCCAGCUGAUGAGGAUAUGAUAGUGGUCCAGUUGAGCGACUACACGUCGUACGACGAUGCAGUCCGCCGCUCUAGCCGCCACAAAACGCCCUCCAAGAGGGCCGCUGGCCUAUGA